UAAAUGUGUCGGAGAUCCUCGGGGCUCGUUGGGGUCGCCUUCAUGUCGCUCUCCCCUCGGCUGUUCCGCCGGCCAGGCGUUUUCCGAGGCCAACGCCAACGCGGGAUGGCGUAUCGGUGUGGUGUGGACCCACGACUAAGAGGGCGCCGCAAGGAGAGCCGAGGCGGGAACCUGGUCAAGGGAAUCGUCGAUGAUUAUUAGUUGUUCGGGCAUAUUCCCUCUUUCCCGAUGACACGAUCAACGAGCGCCAGCUCUCUCUCGGUGGAACUAAAGACAUGCUCCUGCUCCUUUGACAUCCUCUCACCUCUCUCUCUCUCUCUCUCUGAAACACAUUCCUUGGAAAGAAAAAGGAGGAGCAAUAGAAGGGAAAAAGGAUAACGGAAUGAACACAGAUAUCUUGAGCUGGACGAAGAAGGGAAAAUGCCCCGUCAUUCGUUAGAAGUCAUAUGACCGACACCAUCACCAUCUCAAGUACAUUUGCUAGGGUUUUCAUCUCCAGGAUCAACUGGGAAGGCGUUGUCGUUCCUUUUCAUCAGCAGUGCUGUAAUUCUUGUGAUCAUGGUACUCCUGGUUCUUUUCUGGAAAUGUAUCAAGCCAAAGAUACUGUCGCUGAAGAAGGUGAAAUCUACAAAAAAUGGUCCAGAUUACUUCAGCGGCAAUCUUCGAACUAUUUCCUACUUUGACUAUUGUACUUUAAAAAGAGCAACCAGAGAUUUCGACACCAAGAACCAGCUUGGUGGAGGAGGGUUUGGGCAAGUCUAUAAGGGUAAAUUAGUUGAUGGAAGGAUGAUUGCAGUGAAGCAAUUGUCUCUUGGAAGUUCUCAGCAAGGGGAAUCUGAAUUUCUUGCUGAGGUUAGGAUGUUAACAAGCAUUCAACACAAGAAUCUUGUUCAUCUUAUUGGAUGUUGCUCGGAGGGAGCACAGAGACUGCUUGUAUAUGAGUACAUGAAAAAUGGAAGCUUGGACAGUAUAAUAUAUGAAAACAGCGAAACAUUUUUGAACUGGAAGAUACGAUUCCAAAUCAUCCUUGGCAUAGCUCGAGGGCUACAGUAUCUGCAUGAAGACUCAAACUUACGGAUUGUCCAUAGAGAUAUCAAGGCUAGCAACAUCCUCCUUGAUGAUAAAUUCCGACCUAAAAUCAGUGAUUUUGGUUUGGCCAGGUUCUUCCCUGAAGACCAAGCAUAUCUCAGCACCGGAGUUGCUGGGACUCUAGGCUAUACUGCACCUGAGUAUGCUAUCAGAGGAGAGUUAUCAGAGAAGGCUGAUAUUUAUAGCUUUGGGGUUCUUGCAAUUGAGAUCAUUAGUUCCAGAAAGAACACAGACCUUUCACUGCCAACAGAGAUGCAGUAUCUUCCAGAAUAUGCAUGGAAGCUUUUUGAGAGAUCAAGUGUCAUUGAUUUAGUGGACCCCAAAUUGCGAACAGAUGGGAUUGUGGAAAAAGAUGUUCUCCAAGUUUGUCAUGUAGCCUUUUUAUGCCUCCAGCCACAUCCAAGCUUAAGGCCCCCAAUGUCGGAAAUAGUUGCCAUGUUAACUUGCAAGAUUGAACCCAUGGCGGCUCCUGUGAAACCAGCAUUUUUGGGACGGAAGCAUCGAAUCGACAUAAGUCUUUCAUUGGAGCCUCCAUCCGAGAUUCUCUCUUCACCACCGCAAAGUAAUUCUACUUUCUCCCCUCUACCCAACAGGUUUUCACCACCGCGUGAUGCCUUCAAGAGAUAGGUAACUACACUGUUUAUGUGGCAUCAAAGACUGGAUACUACAGCCUAUCGGACCUACACGACCAAGUGAUGAACCUUAUGUUGCUGAGAUCAAUAAAAGGUUUAAGGAUCAGGAUCAAAUCACCUUGAGUGAAAGAUUUUUUGACAGUGGAGUCAGUGAGCGGCUCUUAGUAUCUACUUCAUCUAUGUGCCAAUGAUUGGUAUUUUUCUCUUAAAGAAAUUAGAGAAGCUAAAUUUUUAUUGCAGUUAUCUAACCUAACACAGUGAUGCUUAUGUUUAAUAAACUAUGUUGUACUAGUUUGUCAUUUGAAAAGCAGAGGUUUGAUGGUGCAGGAACUAAGAUUUUACGGCCUUGUAUGAAUUUUGCAUUUGAUGUGGAGCUCGACUUUUUGGCUCAACAAGGCAGGUGUUGUAUAUGACAACGUUGAGGGCAUGUGCUUCUUCUAGGCAUGGAUACCAGAUCAUUGCUCUAUAAGAGCCUUUCUGAUUCAUAUGGUUGUUUGAAUUUUGCAGACUCUAAUUUGAGCAUUUUGUGUGAUAAAGAUGUGUCCAGAUGCUCACCGUAAUAUUUCUACGAGUGGUCUUUGCAUAAAAUUUAGAUCUUUUUAAGG